CCACCAGAAGCGAGAGAAAGAAAACCGAAAUCACGCGAACCGCCGCCGCGUGACGCGAUGGAGCCCUCGGCGGCCGUCGCGUCGAGGCCACCGAGCUUCACCGCGCAGACGAAUGCCCUCCUCCGCAAGAAUCUCAUCUUCCAGAAACGAAACAGGAAAGGAACCAUUCGGCUAAUCAUAGUUCCGAUAUACCUCUGCCUCUUGCUCACCAUUCUUCAGAGAGUCAUCAACAGCGUUCUUGACAAGCCCAAGUUCAGAUGUGGUUGCAAGUGUGUUGAUGUCAACGGCACAGGCUCUUGCCAAAAUGUGUGUGGAAUUCAGUACUCUACACUGGAUCAGGCUGGCAGUUGCCCCAUACCGAACCCCCCGGAAUGGCCUGCUCUCUUGCAGUUACCGCGCCCUGAGUAUCGCGCCAUGCAGGAAUCCUCCUUGUAUGCAGGUUUCCCAGAUGUAUCAUGCAGAAAAUCACAAUCUUGCGCAGCUACUAUACCCUUCACAGGAGCAAAUGAGACCCUAUCUAACAUUGUCAUGCAAAAUUUGUUCACAAGCUCACCGCUUUCAAAUCUUUCUGAUAAUGCGAGCAUAUCCAGUCUUCUCCUUGGGACAGAUGUACCGGGUACUUAUACAGGCUUCAUUGAACCCGCUUUUGUCUCAGAUCGACCCAUAUAUGUUCUUAGACCUCAAUGCAAAGCCAGUGAUUCAGUUACAGUCCCCAUUACGUUUGGUGAUAUUAAUAUUCGGAAAGAGAUGUUAUGUAUUCAAGGUUUACCCUUGUGGAGGAAUAGUUCAGCAAUAAUAAAUGAGGAAACCUUCAACGGCUACAGGAAAGGGAAAAGUCAGGAAGGGAUAAAUGAGAUUCCAAUGGCCUAUGAUUUCCAAGACUCAAACGAGAAGCAUUUCAGCGUGUUAGCUUUAUAUAACUCAACUUAUCAGAAUGUGUCUUAUGUUCCAAUGCCAUUUGGACUUCUGCAUAUCUCGCGCUCCUUGAACGCGGUCUCAAAUGCAUAUCUCCAGUUUCUUCGAGGAUCAGGUGUAAAAAUGUUGCUUGCAUUCACAAAAGAAAUGCCUAAGCAAGAGACUCGUUUGAGAUUUGAUUUUUCUUCUGUUAUCGGCCCUCUCUUUUUUGAAUGGGUUGUUGCCUUGCUUUUCCCGGUUAUGUUGACAUACCUUGUAUAUGAGAAGCAACAUAAGCUCCGAACAAUGAUGAAAAUGCAUGGACUUGGGGAUGGCCCUUACUGGAUUAUCUACUAUGCAUAUUUCCUUAUUUUGUCCAUGGUGUAUUUGGUUCUAUUUGUCGUUUUUGGAUCCGUUAUAGGUCUAAACUUUUUCAAGAUAAAUGACUACAGUAUCCAAUUUGUUUUCUUUUUUAGUUUCAUGAACCUGCAGAUUGUACUAGCCUUCCUAACUGCAACCUUCUUUUCUAAAGUCAACACUGCUCAAGCAAUUGCAUACCUGUACAUAUUUGGAUCGGGGUUGAUUGCAGGAUCUCUUAUUCGCAAUUUUAUUGAAGGUGGCAAGUUCCCAAAGCACUGGAUUACAGUUCUCGAGAUAAUACCUGCAUUUUCUUUGUAUCGAGGACUAUAUGAGCUUGGCCAAUAUGCUAUUAGGGCUUCUGAAGCUGGAAGUCAUGGCAUGAGAUGGAGUGAUCUAAAUGACCAUGCAAAUGGAAUGAGAGAUGCGCUGAUUAUUAUUAUUCUAGAAUGGUUGGUUUUGCUUCCUGUUGCGUACUAUUUGGACCAUUCUGCUUCAGUUGGACACAAAUCUAGUUUCCUUUCCCUAAUAAAAAAUCUGCUGAAGAAGAACCCAACUUGGAGAAGGGUAUCUAUUAACGAAGUAGUUAACGACGCUGUUCAUGUAGAAAUGGUGAAGCAAGAUAUUAUUAAAGAAAGGGAAACUGUUGAUCAAGUACUACAACAACAGAGUAGCGGCUAUGCAGUUGUCUGUGAUGAUCUCAAGAAAGUAUAUCAUGGAAAGGAUGGUAAUCCUGAUAAGUUUGCUGUUCGGGGUCUAUCACUUGCUUUGCCUUAUGGAGAGUGCCUGGGCAUUCUUGGUCCUAAUGGAGCUGGCAAGAGCUCUUUCAUUAGCAUGAUGAUUGGGCUUACAAGGCCAACAUCCGGAAAUGCAUUCGUACGGGAGUUCAGCAUACAGACUGACAUGGAAAAGAUAUAUAACAGCAUGGGGGUUUGUCCACAGAAUGAUAUGCUCUGGGAAAUGCUGACCGGCAGAGAACAUCUCCAGUUUUAUGGGCGGCUGAAGAGCCUCAAUGGCUCUGAUUUGGACACUGCUGUUAACGAAUCUUUAAGAAGUGUAAAUUUACUUCAUGGUGGUGCUCCUGAUAAGCAAGUCAGGAAGUACAGUGGUGGCAUGAAGAGGCGUCUCAGUGUAGCCAUCUCGCUGAUUGGAGAUGCUAAAGUUGUCUACAUGGAUGAGCCCAGUACAGGAUUAGACCCGGCUUCGAGGAAGAGUCUAUGGGACGCUGUGAAGCAAGCGAAGCGAGACAGAGCGAUCGUUCUUACUACCCAUUCCAUGGAAGAAGCUGAAGUUCUCUGUGACAGGUUGUGCAUCAUGGUAGAUGGCAGCCUCCAGUGCAUUGGGACACCCAAAGAGCUCAUAGCGCGAUACGGAGGGUACUACGUGCUGACAAUGACAACAUCCCCGGAGUUUGAGCAAGAGGUCGAGAAUCUGGCGCGAAAGCUCUCACCGAACGCGAGGAAAGUAUACCAUCUGUCUGGGACACAGAAGUACGAGCUGCCGAAGCAGCAGGUGAGGAUCGCGGAUGUGUUCAUGGCCGUGGAGAAUUUCAAGAGGAGGACGGAGGUCCAGGCGUGGGGGCUCGCGGACACCACCAUGGAAGACGUGUUCGUCAAGGUCGCCAAAGGGGCGCAGUCGAGCGAAGAACUCUCAUGAUGAUCUGGUGCAAAAAUGAUGUUUUGUUUGUGCUGUUCUGAUGUACUUUGUACAGAAAGUAGGAUAAAUCUUUUGUCAGGCAUUAGUUUGCUUAUUUUUCUGUACAUAAGGAUCCUAUGGCAUGUUGUUUUUGUUCAAUCUUCUUUUGGUCUUUUGUAGAUAAGGUUUGUGUUAUUGUGUAUGUUAUAGAAAAAAAGAUGGUGUGUGUAGGCGUAUAUUGGUGAUUGUAUUUUAUAUAUGUUUGUCAACUUGUUGCUGCACGUAUAUGUCUCUGCAAAGAAUCAUAAACCUUUGACCAGAAGCCUUUGAAUU